AUGACAGUGGGGCGGUUGUGGGUUCGAGCCCACAGCGAGACCUUCUCCACCGACUCCAUUGAUGUCUGCUGUCAUUGUGUCCUUGGGAAAAAAGAGUCUGGAGAGAUAUAUCACAGGAGGGAGAGGAAGAGGACGAGGAGGGGGCCAUGUGCUGGGAACACAGGGAAGAUGCAGAAGGAGAAGGAUCGAUUGGUGAGGAGAGAGGAGGGCUGCUUUCUCCUGGGUCCUGCUAUGUUUCCCAUUAUGUAA